AUGAUCACUAGAGCCAAGGCGGGAAUCUUGAAACCCCGUCACCGAGCCGACCUUGCUCACACCGAGAUCAUUCCUCUUCGUCGUUCCCUAUUUGCCUGCUCAGAUCCUAAAACAUACAAAACCGCAUCUAAAGACGAAAAAUGGGUUCAAGCGAUGAAGCAAGAACUUGAUGCCCUUCAUCGUAAUGAAACAUGGAUUCUCGUACCUCGUCCGGCAACCUCAAAUGUUGUUGGAUCUAAAUGGCUCUUUCGCACCAAGUUUCGUUCUGAUGGCUCCAUUGAACGUCACAAAGCGCGUCUUGUGGCUUAA